AAAAAAAAAUGUUACCCACCUACUCAUCGGAACGUCCCAAUCAGCAUUUACGUGGACGAGGAAAUAAUGUAACAUCUCCAUCACCUUCAUCUUCGUCAUCUUCGUCAUCAUCACCAUUGGAAAAUAAUUUAUCUUCUGCAUCAUCAUCAAAUUUUGGCGCCAGAAAGUCCAAAUGUUCAGGCAAGAAAAUAGGCUGUUUAAUAAUAGGCUUGUUAUUGCUCAUCAUUGCCUUGUAUUGGUUGUUUAGUGUUGUGAGUGAGAAUGUAAUUAUUGUUACGGAUGAUGAUGCUGAUAAUGCUGUUGCAACAAAUUUUAGGAAUAUUGCAGAAUUGGAUGGAAAUGAAAAUACUAAUAUUAAAUCAGCAUCGGAGAAGGAUACUAAAACAAGCCUUAAAAAAGAUAAGAAAGAGGAAGGUGAUGAAAAGAAGGAGGAAAUUGUACCACCACCUCCAAUUGUUAAACGUAAGAAGAACAAACAAGAGAAACAACAAGAUUUAAUAUUUGAAGAAAUUGCUAAAUUAUUAACUAAUCCAGAUCAAACAAGCGAAGGAUCCUAUGGAUGGUAUAGAAAACAAUUAGAUACUAAUAAUAGAUUAGGUAAUACUUUAUUUGAUGAUCCUAUAAUGACUAAAUUAGGAUUUCAAGAUACUCUUACCACUAGUGAAUUAUUAUUUUACUAUUUUAGAACAUUUAAUACGACACAGGAAUGUAGACAACAACAUACAUGUAAAAUUUAUGCAGAUAGAACUGCAGGUGAAUUUUUGGAAGAGGGAACUCAAUUGGAUGCUGUUGUGCAACAUUGUCAAUAUAAGGAACCUUACUUUUUAAAUUCACAUGAACAAGAAUCCAAGAAUUUGAAUGUUUUUCAUUCACUCAUUACAAAAUCAGAUGAUAAUUUAAAGAAUAUUGACAAAUUAGAAGUAUCUAAUGUUUUAGCACAUUCUAAUCAUAUGGAUUAUUUAUAUGGAGAACAAAUGUGGAGAGGAAUGAGAAGAUUAUCAAUUAUCAUGUGUAGUGAAGCUCGUGUUCAUGAUCUUGUUGGUCCAAUAACACAAAAGAAGAAUGAUUACAAAUCAAUGCAAAGAUUUUCAGAUUCUACAGCUGACAUUUCAAUUUGUUUCCUUUCAACAUGUUCUGUUUGGGUUAAUUAUCAUUAUUGGCAAUUAUCUUUAUCCAAAUCAAAUGAAUUUGGAACUAAACCAUUCAAAAACAAUAAGGGAAUUUGUGCUUUUAUUUCAAAUUGUGAUCAAGCUGGUUGCACUGAUUUAAAACAAAGAUUUGAACUCUUGAAUACACUCUCAAAAUACAUUCCAGUGAGACAAUAUGGUAAAUGUGGAAAGAAUGCACAAGAAGGACCAGGUGGUAAAACAUUUGAAAUUGAAAAUAAUUGUCGAUUCUAUUAUGCAGCUGAAAAUUCAAUUGCCAAAGAUUAUGUUACUGAGAAAUUCUUUGAAGGAGUAAGAGCUCUUCAAAAUGGUGCCAGAGUAAUUACAUUAUAUAGAGGUGCUCCAAAUUUGAGACAAGAUUGGGGAUUUCCAAAGUCUCUCUACUUGGAUCAUAAUGAUUUUGAAUCUGUGGAUGCAUUGGGUCAAUACAUGAAGAAAUUGAAUGAUGAUGACAAUGCCUUUGAACGAUGGUUCAACAAGAUGACAAUGCAAGAAAGAAAGAAGGUUGAUAAGGUUUUAGAUGGUUUCGAACAUAGACUUGGAACUAAUAUUCCAUGCAGAAUUUGUGCCAUUGUUGGUGAAAUGAAAUUAGCACGUUAUUUAUUAUUUAAAAUUGGAUUGAAAACAACAACAGCAAAGGUCAAUUGGUAUGAAUGGCAACAAUUCAAAGCAGAUAAGUUUGAAAAUCUCUCCAAGGACAGACUUGCAAUAUUGGAUCAUAUUUAUGUGAUGGCCUUUAAUAUUUUCCAAACUGAAAAUAAUAAGGCAAAUAGAUUUAAUCUUGCUUGGGAUUUUAAUAAGUAAAUUAAUAUAUUGAUAUUUACAUUUAUUAAAUAUAUUAAAAUACUAUUUUACUAUUAAUAUUGAAUAUUAAUAGAAAGUAUGUUGUUUUAAAUGAAUAUAAUAGGAAAUUUAAACAGUAAAUUGUUCAUGAUAUUUCUUAUCUAAUUCUUUC